UAGGGAUUCACUGCGAGGUCAUCGCAGUGAUGGAUGACGUCAUUUGAGCGACGCACUCGACCAGCAAAUCGUAUCGUGUAGCGCCGAUCAGACUUUCCACUCGAAUUCGGGGACGGAGCCUAUCAGAACCUGAUCAUGUAUCAGCUACCGUGUUUCAGCGUUCGACCCAUAGAUGGGGUGGAGAGUGAGAGUAUGACAGGGACCGACCUCACUGUGAUGUCAGUCAGCGAGAGGCAACUAAAUACCACGACGCGCCCGAGGAUGUUACACCUUGGUCUUUUGAUCCGUCUUAUACACCAUCAUCUUAGUAUCCCCAUAUAACGAAUUUGAACCUCAUCCGACAUAACGGUCAUGGCUGCAACCCAGGCUGCCAAUCUGGUGGAGAAGGCUGUCGGACACAGUGGCAACGCCACCGUUACCACAGAUAUCAGCAAUUAUACCGGAGAGUAUGGCCAGGAGACCGGGGAGAAGAUCAAGGCAACCAUCUGGCAAGGGAAAAACCAGGUCGAGGUUGUGGAGAUGCCUAAACCGAGAGUCGUAGAUGAAGAUGACGUACUGGUCAAAGUCACUGGCAGCACAAUCUGCGGAAGCGACAUUCAUCUGUAUCACGGCGUCAUUCCUCAACUUGAGAAAGGCGAUGUGCUGGGCCAUGAGUUCUGCGGAGUUGUCGAGAGUGUAGGUCCAGGGGCGAAGAACGUGAAGAAGGGAGAUCGCGUCGUGGCGGCGUUUCCGAUUGCGUGCGGCGACUGCAGGAAUUGCAAGAGGCAGCUGACUUCCCAAUGCGAGCGCACCAACGAGAACACCGUCACCAACGCCAUGUACGGGAAGCGGACGUCAGGCAUCUUUGGGUAUAGCCACUUCACUGGCGGCUUUGCUGGUGGCCAGGCCGAGUAUGUCCGGGUGCCAUAUGGCGAUGUCAACCUCCUGAAGCUUCCAGAUGACGUCCCCGAUGAGAAGGCGCUGUAUCUCUCGGAUGUCCUGGCCACGUCUUAUCACUGCGUGGUCGACACGGGUGUGAAUGAAGGCGAUGUGGUUGCCGUCUGGGGCGCAGGACCCAUUGGACAGAUGGUCUCCAGCUUCAGCUUCUCUCAGGGCGCCAGUCGAGUAAUCCUCAUUGAUGGCGGAGAAGGAGCCUGGCGCUUGGACUUCGUCAAGAGUAAGAUCCCGAAGCUCGAGACUCUGGACUUCACCAAGCUGCCUAGAGGCGAAUCCAUCACCUCGGAGUUGAAGAAGAUGGUCCCCGGCGGACCGGAUGUCGCAUUGGAUUGCACAUCGGGCGAAUAUGCCAAAGGAUGGGCACAUUAUUUUGAGAUGCUCCUUGGAAUGGAAACAGACACGUCGGAGAUGCUGAACGAAAUGAUUACAUCGGUUCGACCCUUCGGACGCAUCGGGGUCACUGGAGUUUAUGCAGGCUAUACGAAUCACUUCAACAUUGGUGCUUUGAUGCAGACGGGUGUUCGGCUCAUUGGUAAUGGCCAGGCCCCUGUGCAGAAGUAUUGGAAGUAUCUCCUGGAUCUCAUUCGGAAAGAGGAGAUCAACCCCUUGGAUAUUGUGACUCAUCGUGUCCGGCUGGAAGAUAUGGACAAGCUAUACGAAUUGUUUUCUCACCGCGAGGGAGGCAUCCAGAAGGUUUUCGUCCAGACCAAGCAUUCAGCUCACCCGUCAGCAGGAUCGCCAGCCCUUGUCGACCUUUAACUGUUGCGGUCUGCAUGCAGCCAACUUUACUAGUGUCGGAGUGAUGUCUAAAUUAUUGGCCUGUAUACCUUCAUGAUCAAUAGUACGAAUCACGAAACAUUCUGUCAGAUGCAGUAAAAUCUCAACAAAAGGGAAGGCAGGAAUUAGUGGAACCCAUAG